AUACUGAUUCAUGAGAACGUUUAUUUUUCGCAAAAACGUCAAAAACCUAUUUGGAGAUAUAUUAAACGAAACAGCCCAUCGCUGGUUAUUUCUACUGAAAACCAAAUAUGCAUAACCCAAUCAAAACUAAUCCAUACUAUAUCAGAAUUGUACAACUACAUCGUUCAUAUUGUGCAUUGAAUACUAAUAGGUUUUAAUUCAUAAAGAGUUUCAAACUGAGAAAAUCACACCAUUUUUGCUUACUAGAUUAAUUUUAAUUUUUCGUUUUUCGUUUCUACACUGAAUUAGUCAUACAUACAUAUGUUUGAGAAAGAAGAGAAGAAAAAAAACAGAUAAGAAAGUGCGAAAGAGAAACUCUGAAGUAGAUCAUAUUUUUUUACCCAUGUUAGCAUUGUUAUUUUGAAAAAGCAACUGACCUUCAACGUGUUUUCUGUCUAAAUCUUAACACAGUACUGGUAUUUUUUAUAGUGAAAUAUAUACGAGGAAAUAAGUAUGCUGAAAUUACUAACUAUUGUAUUCAUAGGUCAAGUAUUAUUUCACACAAUCAAUUUUUCUGAAGCAGCUGGUAAAGCAACGGAAAAAGAUUAUGAUAUAUUUUUAAAAUCAAACCAGUGAAUAGCAACAUCAGAAGAUGAUAAAAAAAUACCGAAUGAUCUAAAAGACGAUGUAGAAGACACAUCAGGUUUAUGACUAAAACUAACGUUCACAAAAAAUUAGUUGAGUUGAUAGUACGUGAUUGAAAUCGUUAAGUAUCGGUAAUUUUUCUGAUGUUGCAUUAUUUUUCUGAUAUUUGUAUUUCAUACAUAAUACUUUGUUGUUUUUAUUUUACAGAAAUGUCAGUGGAAGAUUUAUUACAGAAAGACUUGAAAAUGGCUGUUGGUUCAAAAAUCCGAAUUGCAGUAUCGAGUUUACCGACAGAUAUCACCUGUGAAGAAUUUAUUAAUAAAUUGAAAACAAUGAAAGAUAUUGAAAAUUUUUUGCAAAAAAAUGACAAUGCUGAUGCCGUAAUUAUACUAUCGGUAAAAAAUGAUAACGAUGGACCAUCAAGACAAUUAGGAUUAUUUGUUCAAAAAUUUGAAUAUAUCAAUAAGUUAAAUAGCUAUAUUCGACAAGAUACACAUGGUCUUGACUUACAAGAACGUCCAAUACCGAUUAAUCAAGCACGUUUGAAAUUAUUCAAUCAAAAAAAUGUUCAAGCAUCAAGUGACGAAAUAUUAUCAAUUAUGGAACAAUAUGUGAAAAAUUUUGAUCAGUGA